GGGUCCCUUAUUCAGAGGUUCUCCCUAGGGGUCCCUUAUUCAGAGGUUCCCCCUAGGGGCCCCUUGUUCUGUGGUUUCACAGUAUUACGUUGACGUGGGUAAAAA